AACUUUUUUUCGAAGAGUAAUAUUUCAAUGAAUUUGCUUUUAAAGACACUUGACAUUUAUUUUUAGACAAUAGAAAAAAUAUCGUUCGUACACAGCAUUGUAACACAUAUACAAAUUUUAGUCAAAAUAUUUAAAGGAUCGCUUUUGUACUGCGAGCGAAGCACUAUGCAUUUGUUCUCUACAUUGUUGCUAAUAUAUUUUACUACAAAUACGGUGUCAGCCAUUAUUGUUAUUAAUAAAGUUGUUGUACGCAUACCUAAACUGAAUGAUAUUGGGCUUAUAUUUGAUUUAACUGUUGUAAAUUCACCAUGUAAGGAGAGAGAAACGCUGGAAUUUCGAAUACGCUCGGAUGGCACUUGUUGUAUAAAUGUAACCGAAAAUGAAAUCAUGAAAAACGCAGGUCGAGUUGUAGGUGGAAACUUUGGGCAUCUUGAAGCAAGCGCUGCUGAAGUAGUAUCAUUGAUUUGGCCAACAAUUUCUUUGUACAAUCGAGUUGGAAAAUGUCCCAUUGUUGUUACUUCAAAAAAUGCUCGUGGCAUUGAGGAACAUCAUAAACAUACAAUACAUUUUGACACCCGCUUUACCACGCUCGAUCCCGAAGGCCAUACGAUCAGAAAAAGGCCUGACUAUAAGGAUUGCAAAAAUUGGGAUAAAGAAUACUUGCGAAACUGCACACCCGUUGAUUGCCAGGAACGUUACUUUGGAAAACGCAGUUUUUAUAAUAAAACCACAGAGCAUUGUGAUCCCGUACCACGCUGUGAUAAACCAAAUAUGCGCUAUGAUUAUUAUAAUAACGAAUGCUUGAUUCCCGAAAACUUUUUUACCAAAGAAGAUAUGAAAAAAAUACAAAGUGGUGAUUUUAGAAAUGAAUACGAACAUGAAGAACAAGACACGAAACACAAUUGGAAGAAAGGUGUUAAUGUGCCACCUGAAGGCAAAAAGAAAAAACAAACGUCGAAAAAUCUAAAAGAAGAACAACCACAAAAACAACAACAACAACAGCAUGCAAGCGCCAAACGCGAAACAGAUUAUUGUGAUGAAGAUUUCAAUUUCUUUUCGCAAUCGAACAUCGUGCAUCCAGAUAAUAGCGGUACCAAUACUGUGCCAACGGCCAGCGUGAAAAACGAUAACGGUUAUAUACCAUACUGGUUGAAGGGCAUAUUGGAGGGUCUAGUGGUAGUUGGUGCUAUAAUCAUUUUGCAGGUCCUCGCCACAGUAGCUAUUUAUGUGCUAAUCUGUUUUGUGAUAUUUCUUAUUGUCACAUGGAUAUCACGACGACAAUUGAAAUGCCAUAGGGAGACGUCAUGCAUAUUGCGGUCACCAGCGCCAUCAGAAGGUACAGAAGAGCCAUUGAUAACGCCAUCCAGUUUGUUGUCGCAGCGAAACUAAUUCUUUAACAACAAUUCUUGUCAAUUCGAAACCUCUAUUGCCUCAAGUAUAUUUUCGGUUUGAUACAAAAACUCAAAUGGUUCGAAAAGACUAGCAUAUAAACUGCUGAAAUCAAAAGACGUGAUUUUAAUGCAAGAAUUGGAAGAAGAAAAUUAGUGCGCUUGAAAAUCGAGAGUGGAUCGCACAAUGAUAGAAAAUAAAUUCAUAAGUACAAUAAUUUUCGAUCCUUAAUGAAUGUAUCAUAUAUUUUUCGAAUCAUUACUUUAUUGCCAUAUAAUUUAUUUUCAUUUGUAUGAGAUGAUAGUUUCAUUUACACAGUUUAUCCUGUUAAAGAAAUAAUUUAAUUUCCAUAUUAUAUUUUGUUAUCUUGACAAUUAAUUUAUAGUUUCCUAAUAUUUUUAUUUACAUUUUAAAUAUCUGACUUUACGCGUUAUUUUAAUAAAUAAUUAG